AUGUCCAGAAUCAAAAUAUUUCUACUUCUAUUAAUCUUAUCAAUUCCAGUAAUCAAUGGUCGAGCUCUCCGAAAGCGACGACAGGCUACGGGGAAUACGUUAGGUCAAGAUGUGAAUAAUCUUAUUUCGAGUGGCUACAAUAUUAUCCGUAACCAUGUGGUUCCUGCUGUCAGUUCUGUUAGCAACUCAUUGUAUCAAAAUGUCGAUCGAUACAGACAAAAUUUCAAUCAAGGUGUUAAUCAGAUUGGUCAAAAUUGGGAUCAAUACAAACAAAAUUUCAAUCAAGGUAUUGGUCAGAUUGGUCAAAAUUGGGAUCAAUACAGACAAAAUUUCAAUCAAGGUGUUAAUCAGAUUGGUCAAAAUUGGGAUCAAUACAAACAAAAUUUCAAUCAAGGUAUAAAUCAAUUUACUCAAGGUUGGAAUCAAUUCAGACAAAACUAUAUUCCACAAUUUCCUUAUCCUAAUAAUAAUAAUUAUUAUGGAUAUAAUCAAUAUGGUUAUAAUCCUCAACAAUAUCCUUAUCCUAUGAACUAUAACUAUAAUUAUCCUCGGAAUAUGUAUCGAAAUCCUAAUGUAAGAUCAGCGAACCCAUAUGUCGGAGAUAAUUUUGUUCACGGGCGUGGACUACCGAAAUCAAAUGUUCCAUAUUAUCCAAAUAACUUUGCUGGACAACAACGUUCAAAUGAACCCAUUGCUUCUAAUUCAGUCGAGCAGGCUAAUCAAAUACCAGGACCACGAAGUAGAUAA